CAGUAGUGAAUAUGAAAAAGUGGGCUGCUACAUAAAUUCUUGUAACGCUUUCUUCCCAGCCUACAUAGUGUGUUGUGUUGAGUUUGUGUGUCGGCAUCAAGUUGCUGUUCACAGCAGUGAGCAGAUCGGUGGGCUGCACAUCAAAACAUCCUGCAGACCACGACCGUGCAGAGGGCUCUGCACCUCUCUGCUGCAAUGAUCCCAUUUGACAGAGCCGAGAAGAAGGUUACAGCUGGGGCGUGGUUUGAUAUCUCGCUGAAUUAUCUCACAACAGGCUCCAACAAACACCACAAAGACGUGCUAUUGUUUUCUGCGACAUAAAAAAAAUGGACCAAAAGUUGAUUCUGGUGAUUCUGAUGAUUUGUCAUGAAAUGACUUCAGGAGCUGUCAUAGACAGAGCAGUGAAGGAAGGAAAGUCGGUUCAAAUAAAUUGUGAACCUCUUGAGAUGGGCCACAUGGUCAUCUGGUUUCGACAUCUGGACACAACUGGCAUGGAGUUCAUUGCAUCUUUCACCAAUAACGGCAUGCCAAAAUCCACUGAAAACUCCAUUUCCAAAUUAUUCAGGCCCUCCACGUCUCGGCCAAUUUCUUUAACACUGCAGUCUUUCAACCAAAUUCGGGACAGCGGCGUUUACAGCUGUGCGUCGCUCAAAGGCAAUAAAAUGAUAUUCGGCAACCCAACACGACUGUUCCUAGAAAAAGUUGAAGUCACAGUAGAAGUAACCUCGCAGGCCACUGAGCAAACAAAAUGCACGACUUCCUCGCCGUGUGUUUGUGAGAGCGUUGUUAACAAGCCAGGGGAAACCAGUCCUGAGAUGUUUUGCUCUCUAAUCAUUCUGGGCCCACUGGCUGGCGGCUGUGGCCUUCUUCUUCUACUCCUCAUCAUCACCUCCGUGUACUGCAACCACGUAAGGACACGGAGAUGCCCACACCAUUACAAAAGAAAACCGGUGAUGGCUCCUGGAAAACAACUGAUGAUGACCAACAGUCAUGUUUGAACCAAAUGGUGACAAUUAUUUUCAUUUCAUCCAACAGCAUUUUUUUAUAGUGUUGUUAUACUGUCUUAUUUCAGCUUGAUCACAUUCAUGGUCACUGUUUUUCUGCUCAAACAUUUUCAUUGUUUUUGAUAGUUAAUAAAGAAAACGCUCAGUUUAUAAAUACUUCAAAUAUCUUCAUCGUCAAAGUUUUAACUGCAUUGAUAACGACAAUAAUGCACUGCUUUCACAUUUAGAUCGAACUCUAAUUGGAAUAACUUGAAAUUAAAUGUCUAUUCAUCCGAAUAUUGAUCAUAAAAACACACUGAAGUCCUGAGAAUUUUAUAAUUAAACCUAGAUAUGUUUAUAUUAAAGAUUAUGAUAUUUUUUAUAGAAUUAAUUUUGCUUUUGUAUAUAGCCAUGUGACAAUUUAAUCGGGUAACUGUUGACUUGUACUGUACCCUCAUGAUCUUUUAAAAAAAGUAGAACGGCACCUUCCUUUACUUAUAAAAUAAAAAUAUAUAUAACUAAAGAUAUAAACAGAAUUUUCUAUUGAACAUUUUAGAGUCUUAUCUUUAUUUAGUAAAAUGUUUUGUAAUAGGUAUGUUGUUGGGUUCAGAGUUAUCAGACCCAGAUAGUAACACGUACUCAUUUAAAUGUUUUAAUCGGAUGUACAGUUUUUUGUGAAUUAUCCUACUUUUUAGAUUUGUUGUAACUUGAAAUUCAAAUAAAAAUAUAUUGUCACUCAAAUCAAAAACAA